AAACAUGAUCUUCAUUCCCUUGAACUUCAAAUCCCUCGAGCUUUCUCAAAGACUCUUUACUUUUGGUGGGCUCUUUCUUUAGCGAUAUAUGCACUAAUGCUUUCGUUCAGUUUGCUUUGAAAUAAACUAUCUGCAACUUUUCAAGCUUUGGAAGGAGGCUAGGUCCUAUAAUUCGUAUAUUCUCUCUUUAGUGCAAAAUUGUCAAUUAGUUGCUUGUAAUUUUGAUUUUAUUAACCUUUUCUUUAUCCGUCACGGAUCGACCGGCUAAGAAGGUCUUUCCAUUUUAAAAUUUGGUUUGGAUUGAUGAGGUUCCUCUUUGAUGUAAUCCUCUUAUCCAACAUGAUGCAUUAGCCUCAAAACAUGAUUCUUCUAUUUGAAAAUCACAUAUGCAGAAUUCUACAUGAGUUUUGUCCCUAAUAAUAAGGACCUAUCAUUUGAUGCAAAAUCCAAACCUCCCACCAAUUUCCCCAAUCCAUCAAUGUUGUCUCAAAUGCAAUCUCCAUCUCUGCACCCUUUCAAAUCCCUCAAAUUCCCAAUUCCCCUGAUAACCCCUCCAUCUCUCCCCAAUUCACCCUCUCCAUUCUCCCUCCGUGUCAGAACCUCAACCACGCCACCGCCGCCGUUAAUCUCCGAACAACAGACACCCAAUUCACCAUCUACGCAGUCACGUAUCGCAGCAGCUCCACCGUCAACAAAUCUAGGGUUUCGACCCACCCCUGAAUUGGGGCUUCUCUCUCACUUGUUCGUCCUCUCCAUGGCUUUUUGUGCAUUUUUAUCAGUGGCUGCGGUUUCCAUUCCAACCUUAAUUGCUUUCGGAAGAUUGAGAACUUCAGUGAAGAAAUUGUCUAAGGUUGUUUCAGAAGAGGUGCCUGGAACUUUAUAUUCUCUCAAGCUUUCGAGUAGGGAGCUGAACGAUUUGACGAAACAACUUAGCGAUCUCAGGCAUAACAUUUCUGGUGUGACAAUGGGAAAGAAGGAUGCAAGCAGUACUAGAUCGAGAUCAUUUCGCAAGAAGAACCCAGCUUCGUGACACUACGUACAUUGCUUAGGUGUGUAUAGCCUUUUGUUUCAGGAAUUAGGCUUGCUUGGUUGAAUGGGAAUCGCUGAGUUGUUAUAAGGCAUUUUCAUUCACAUGGUUUCCGUUGAAAUUACAAGCUGUGUAUUGAAGUAUGAUCACGAGGAACCGUUGGUGCUUUAUUUAAAGUUUGAAGCUGCCUUUGGAAGAUGAUGAGAAAAGCUGCUCAAUGAGGGUUCUAUUCUGAUCCUGAGGUUCAGUAAAUUACUGGCAUGGAUUCUGUGUUGGCUCAUUUGGGUUUUUGGGUUCAUCUACCAUGUGUAAUUUGAACCAUUUUCAGCUGUAAGAUAUUAAUACUACUACACUUCCGUCUAAGCUACAAGGUCUACCAUGGUGUACAUACUGAAAUGAUAGAAUCUUGAUUUAAACAUAUCUGAAUUUUUGGUU